AGGCUGUUUCUUCCACAGAAAUUGAAUUUCCAAAUGAUGAAAUGGAGAGCAUUAGAGAACACAUUGAGGAAGUCCAAGAAUUACCCAGUGAAAAAGAUGUUGAAAGUGAAAAUGACAUUUCUGGUUUAAGUCUUCAAGACCAAACAAGACCUGAGGAGUAUCCUAUGAAUCGGAAACACAGAGGCUACUGUGUGAUAAUAAAUAAUGAUAAAUUUGAAAAGAUCGACCCAAGGCCAGGAACCGAAAAAGAUGCUGAUUGCUUGAAUCGUGUAUUCACCUGGCUGGGAUUUGAUGUAGAGAUUUACAAUGAACAAACAGCAGAACAGAUCCUUGCCAUCAUGAAUGACUUCCAGAUGAAGGACCACACUGACCGAGACUGCUUUGUUUGCUGCAUCUUGACUCAUGGGCAAUCUCAAGCCAUUUUAGGCACUGACAGUAAAGUUGUGAAUAUACAGGACAUAUUGUCUAAUUUCUUCUCCAAAAGCUGUAAAACCUUGGCUGGAAAACCAAAGUUAUUUUUCAUACAAGCGUGCCAAGGCAAAAAUUCACAAACUUCACAUUCAAUUGAAGAAGAUGCUGUUUCAACCACUAAAACCACUGAAACGAUCCCGAAUGAGGCAGAUGUCUUGAUUGGAAUGUCUACUGUUAAUGGCUUCUCUUCAUACCGUCAUGUUGAAAUGGGGACAUGGUACAUCCAAGCUCUGUGUUCAAAUCUGAUCAAAAUGGUUCCAAAGGGUGAAGAUAUUUUGUCCAUUCUAACAAAAGUCAACAAAGAAGUCAGUGAGAAGGAGCAUUUGAAGAGCGGAACCGUAUUGAAGCAAAUGCCUCAGCCAGCUUACACUCUUCGAAUGAAGCUAGUUUUUCCUAUACCAAGCUCUGGCAUUAAAUUGUAGUGCUGGAGAAAAAUGAUAUGCUGCAAGGAGGUUGGUGGGGAAGGUAGAUAUUGCCCUUGUUUCUUUGCACUUGAUGGUUCUAGGGUAU